ACUUGUUAAUUACAUUUCAGACAAAUCGGAGCGACGCGUAUCGAGUAGUUCUGUCGGAUGUACAGCCCAAUCAUACUGGCAAAUAUCGUUGCGAAGUCUCUGGAGAUGCUCCCUCGUUUAAUACCUUAAUGGUUUCUGGUUACAUGCAUGUAGCUAGUCUGCCGAACGGUGAUCCGGUGCUGCGGGUCGAGAAGACGCGAUACGCAGUCGGUGAUACUGUACGUGGAAACUGCACAGUACCGUCGGGAAAUCCUCCGGCUAACGUGACGUGGACCGUCAACGGCGUACCGGUGAAGUCGAGUAACGUCACAAAUGUCACGGAUACAGUUAGUGACAAUCAACAGUACAUGACGGUCGCUAAAUUGGACUUCGAGACGAUGCAGGAUAACUUCAGCAAUGGCAGAUUAAAGAUCGUUUGUAUCGCCAAUGUCUUUCAUUUAUAUAAGAAAACAGCUGAAAUGCUUCUGAAGGAAGAACGUCCAAGAUUGGCCUCUGUAUUAGGAACACGAGAAUCCUCUUACAUGGGUAACGCAGCUAAGAAUACCGCAGAAUACUUCUACAUCACAGCCAUGACUGCACUGUUGCUAUGCAGCCUGAGAUAACAUCAAUGAAUUCGCAAUACGUUUUACGCGCAUGAUUGUAUCGGGAUGGAUGGAAUAAAUCGUUUGUAAAAUUUUGAAAUUAUUAAAUGGGAUAAAAUCUGGGAAGAGGAAUCUUUUUGUUGAAAUAAGUACCGAGCGUAUGUUAUUCGUGUAAAUAGGAUAAAGGAAAAGAUUUAGCGAAUUAUCUACGUGUACGCGAUCUACAUCCGCUCCGCGGGUAGAUUUGUAAUCUGAUAAAUAACAUGUCGUAUUAUUAUGUAAUAGAUCGACGAAAUGUCGCGCCAAACUAACGACGACUUAUUUAAAUAUUAUAUCGUCUUUUCUAUCCUCUGAUAAUGAUUUUGAUACCUCCUCUGUAACAUUGUGAUCAUCACAAUGCAUCCUAUCAAGGUUAUGGGAAAAUGUUGUUAUCAUUUAUAAAUGACAUUUCAUUUCAAUGAGAUAUGAAUAAACCAUUCACCAUCGUUAAUUUCAUUAUUUUAAUCUUUAGUACUGAUUCAAACCUUCUUUACUGUCCGUUUUAUUCUCAAUACAGGUAUUUAGCAAUUAAUUAAAUAGUUUAAUAACUUUACUAUUUCAAGAUCUUAUGUAAAAGAAAUUGUUAGUUAUAAGAAGAACGCUUAGUGAGAAAUACAUUUUAAUUUACUAAUAAGUAUAUGUAAGUAUAUAAAUAUGUAUUUCUGUACAAAAAAUCUAUUGUAUAUUAAUUUAUCAAAUAGACGAAGUUGAAUAAAUGAAAUACGACAGGGUGAUAUCACA